AUGACUUGUACACUUUUGUUCUUCUGUUUGGUGUUUCUUUUGCCCACAGAGUCCUGUAAGAUAUUAAGUCAGGCUGCCAACAAAAACACGGAGAAGGUACCUGCCAGGCCACAUGGUGUAUGUGAUUAUGUCUGUAUGGACAAUUCCCAUUGCAACCAACCUUGUCCUCCAGGUACUGAGGGAAAUAUGGGAUUUUCAUGCAGGAAAAACAAAUGGUACAAAGUUACUGAUACCUGCCGGACUCUUAAUGCCUUCAACAUCUUUGAGGAGGACUCAUAUUUAGCUAAACCAUUUGGAGAAACCAUAAGAAUAAAUGAAUAUGCUGGAAAAUCUGAGACCAUAACAGAUAUGUUGAUGCAAAAGUGUCCAAAAGAUUUGUCUUGUGUGAUUAAAAACAUUAAGCGGUCUCCCCGGAUACCAGGAAACAUCGCUGUCAUUGUACAGCUCUUACACAACAUUUCAACAGCUCUGCUGACAGACGUUGAUGAGGCAAAGAUGAAGAGUUACAGCACCAUGGCCAACCACAUUCUUAACAGCAAAAGCAUUUCAAACUGGACCUUCAUUCCUGACAGAAACAGCAGCUGUGUUCUGCUUCACUCAGUCAAUUCCUUUGCAAGAAAGCUUUUUGUAAGUAAACAUCCCAUUGACAUAUCAGACGUCUUCAUUCAUACCAUGGGCACCACCAUUUCUGAAGACAACACAGGAAAGAAUUUCACUUUUUCCAUGAAAGUUAAUGACACUGGCAAUGAAGUUACCGGGAGGGUGUUGAUUAGUCAAGAAGAACUUCAAAAGGUGCCUUCCCCUUCUCAGAUCAUCAGCAUUGCAUUUCCAACUCUUGGGGCCAUCUUGGAAGCCAGUCUUUUGGAAAGUGUCACUGCAAAUGGGCUUGUUCUGUCUGUCAUUUUGCCCAAGGAACUUAAAAGAAUCUCACUGAUUUUCGAAAAGAUCAGCAAGUCAGAGGAAAGGAAGACACAGUGUGUUGGCUGGCACUCCCUGGAGAGCAGAUGGGACAAGCAGGCCUGUAAAAUGAUUCAAGAAAACUCCCAGCAAGCUGUUUGCAAAUGUUGGCCAAGCAAGUUGUUUACCUCUUUCUCAAUUCUUAUGUCACCUCAGACCUUGGAGAGCCCAACUCUGAUUUAUAUCACAUACAUAGGCCUGGGAAUUUCGAUUCUCAGCUUAAUCCUUUGCUUGUCCAUCGAGGCCUUGGUGUGGGGUCAAGUGACGAAGACUGAGAUCUCAUACUUACGCCACCUGUGUAUCGCUAACAUUGCGGCCACCUUACUGAUAGCUGAUGUAUGGUUCAUUGUGGCUUCCUUUCUCAGUGGUUCAAUGACACACCACAAUGGGUGUGUAGCAGCAACAUUUUUUGUCCAUUUCUUUUACCUGUCUGUGUUUUUCUGGACGCUUGCCAAGGCACUCCUCAUCCUCUAUGGAAUUCUGAUUGUUUUCCAUACACUGCCUAAGUCAGUCCUGGUGGCAUCUCUCUUUUCAGUGGGCUAUGGGUGCCCUUUGGUCAUUGCUGUUAUUACAGUUGCUGUCACUGAGCCUGGCAAAGGCUACCUACGGCCAGAGGCCUGCUGGCUUAACUGGGACACGACCAAAGCCCUCUUGGCCUUUGUGGUCCCAGCUCUGGUCAUUGUGAUAGUCAACCUGAUCACGGUCACACUAGUCAUCACCAAGACUCAGCGAGCUGCCAUUGGCAGUUCCAUGUUCCAGGAAGUGAGAGCCAUUGUGAGAAUCAGUAAGAACAUCGCCAUCCUCACACCACUGCUGGGUCUGACCUGGGGAUUCGGAAUAGCCACAGUCAUUGAUGACAGCUCCCUGGCCUUCCACGUUAUCUUCUCCCUGCUCAAUGCAUUCCAGGGCUUCUUCAUCCUGGUGUUUGGAACAAUCCUGGACCCGAAGAUAAGAGAAGCCUUAAAGGGUCGAGUGAACUCUGUGAAAUGGAUCACCAGAAUAUCAGAGGUUCAUCGGGAGUUAACCUAUUCUGUGCAGUUCCUCAACGCUUCCCAAGACGGCGCAGAAUUGGCUUCUUACAACAGGCGGCUGGUUCUCACCAGGGCCUCCCGGACUUCCCUUCCAAAAGAUGAAAAAGAUGGGUCAUGGCCACUGAAGGAAGACUGUGGGGGGCACCAGUGUGGGCACAUGUGA